AGAGAUUCACCCUCACCUUGGCUAGCUUGACAGCCCCCCCCCUACUAGCAGUACCUGCGAUACUAAGGCGAUGGCACCCGGCUCAGCGACUGCCGGUUCUCUUUCCCAGCAGUAUCUGGACGCGCUUUGCGGCGGCGACAUCGCCGUGUUCGAGAAACUGUUGUCUGACGACUUCUCGUGGACGUUGCUGCCCGCCUCAUUGGAAGUUCCGAGCAAGAACAGGAGAGAGCUUCUGCUGCUGUUGAAGCAAUUAGGGCGGCUCUUUAGCUCGGUCAAACUUCUUCCACAGCAGCAAGCGGUUGAAAGCGCCGACAGCGUUGUGCUUCAUGUGAUACUCGAGACUGUGAUCACUUCGACCGGCGAGCUGAACAGAGGAGAAUACAUGUUCAUGUUCAGAUGUGACACUGACCGGGGGGAAAUCUCCCGAGUGACGGAGUUCUGCGAUUCUGCCGGGAUGCGCAAAGUGUUGGAUGCGGGAGACGGCGAGGGGUGGAAGUUGCUAAAGCAGACCUACGAUUAAUUUAGUAUCAUUGAUAUUGCUCCUCCAGUUCAGUUCUUGAACAUGCCGCUUGAUCGCAACAGGAUGCGCAUCAUCGCGGCAUGUCGUCAUGAUCAGGAGGAAACUUAGCGCGACCGCCGAUAGCCCCGCUUACGCUCUUCCUUCAUCCCCAUGUACCUUGUACUGUCCCGUUCUCGGGGGCCAUACCGUGAACGUCCCGUCGUCCCGCUCUCCCGGAGCAGAGCCAUGCACACCCAACCUUGAUUGACUGGCUGCUUCGAGAACCCGUCGGAUGCUGAAUAGGCCCGGCGCGCGGUUCGGAUAAACGAACCCUCCUCGGAUUGGAAGGAGGAUAUGGCUGGACAUACGCCUCCGCACCACGCUGCGCCACCGCACUCCACCAUGCUGCGACAGAUAGCCUGAUGUCUCCUCGCUUCGGAGCUUGUAACUGAGACACCGUUGUCACGGAGAGCUUACACGUGGUCGUCGCUGUCGUCCGUUGCUCCGGGCUCCUGUCCCACUUUUUUUUUUAGCAAGAAAGGAUGGGCCAGGAGCCGAGGGGCGGAAGGAUGCGAAAUGGCCGGUGGCGCGGACUGCAGUACGGACCGAGACCUAGCCUGAUGGAUCCUGGGUGGCGUCCCGAUUUGCUACGACGAACGUUUACCCCAAUCCAACCUGCGAAUCGCCGGCGCUCGUGUAUUCGCAGAGCCACUCCCAGCGCAGAUCGAUACCUCGAAUCGCCUAGCCUCACGGUCACGUGUCUGCGCGCUUUUGGCCGCCCAAUGGGUCUAACUCUAUCGGACAUUGGACCUGGAAAGGAAAUAUUCCGGCCCGCCGACGCGUCCCCCCGCACUGUUUCACUCAAUUUUCUGCCCGUCCCGUGUGGGGAUCAGACAUCUCUCCUGAUCGCUCACGUGACUGUCUCAAACGAUUGGCUGGCGCAAAACCCGCUCACGAUGAAUCCCCAAAAGGAAGGCAGUUGUCUGUCUCCCCCCUCUGCUUUUGUCUCCCAACCACCAUCCUAUGGACUCUAAGCCCGAAUCGGACCCGGUGCAAGAGACGAUGCCGCCCAUCGAGGAGCCGGAGCCUCAGCACGAGCAUGAACAUACCCGCGCCGUUGCUUUCCAGGAGGAGCAGGAGAUCGAAGAAAAACCGCGUCCCAAAGGUGUCGAGCUAAAGCAUACCAUCACGCAAGAGGACAGAGAACUGGCCGCCGCGGGCUAUGAACAACUGGAGGCGAACAAGAAGGCUCAGUUGGACGACUCGAAGGACGCAGAUAUCACGGAACACCGCAUCCCCGUCACCCAGCUCGGGGAGCGAUUGAAUACUGCCAUUGACAUCAAGGAUCCCGGAUCCUCCGACGGACUUACCGCUACCGAGGCCGCCGAGCGUCUGAAGCGCGACGGACCGAACGUACUGACGCCCCCGAAAAAGAAGUCGCCGUUCCGUCAAUAUGUCGAUCGUUUGCUUACCAUGUUCAACGUCCUGCUGAUCAUCGCCGGUAUUCUGGAAUACAUUCUGCUGGGCAUUGACUUCAAGGACAACUUUGCCAACACGUAUCUCGGCGGAAUUCUCAUUGCGGUCGCCUUCCUCAACGCUUUCAUCGACUGGUAUCAAACUCAAAAGUCGGAAGCGAUCUUGGCAUCCUUCCUGGCCAUGAUUCCGCCUUCCUGCCACGUCGUCCGCGAUGGCUCCAUCACCGCUAUCCCUGCUGCAGAUCUCGUCAAGGGCGACGUCGUGCUGCUGCGCUCCGGCGACAAGACUCCGGCGGACCUGGUCCUGUUCGCGGCGACUGAUUUUAAGGUGGACAACAGCAGCUUGACCGGAGAGUCGGAGCCGCAGGAGCGGUUCCCGAUGGCCGCGGGCUCCGAGGGACGGGUCGUCGAGGCUGCGAAUCUGGCCUUCAAUUCGACCCUGGUUGUGAAUGGAGAAGCCUGGGGAAUUGUCGUUCGGACCGGAGACCACACCUUCAUCGGCCAGAUCGCUUCUCUGACUGGCGGCGAGUCUGGGAAUGAAAGCCCGCUUGCUGUCGAAAUCGGUCAGUUUGUCAUCAAGGUGUCCUGCAUCGCUGUUCUCUUCGCGAUUGUUUUCUUCGUCGUUGGCAUCACCACUGCGUACAAGGGCAAAGCGUCGCAGACGGUCACAUUCGCUGUUUCCAUUCUGGUUGCGUUCGUCCCGGAGGGUCUGCCGUCGGUUGUGACGCUCUUGCUGUCCAUCGCUGCGAAGCGCAUGGCAGCACAGAAUGUGUUAGUGAAGGAUCUGCAGGGUGUUGAAACCCUUGGAUCGCUGACCCUCCUUGCAACGGACAAGACUGGGACGCUGACCCGCAACCAAAUGACCGUCACCAAUCUGUGGAGCGGAGGCAAGAUGUACUCGGCCUUCCAGUCCAACAAUGACGAGGAGACCGUUUCUUCCUUCUCUCUGGAGGCAUCCGGCAUGACUGAGCUCGUGGAUAUUGCUGCGCUCAACUCUCGUGUCAAGUUCGAUACGACCGACAUUCCGUUUGACCAGCGGCAGAUUCUGGGUGAUGCCACUGAGACUGGUUUGACGCGCUUUGCUGGACGAUCCCUUCCCAGCAGUUACGAUGAGCAUCUCAAGAAACAUCCCAAAGUCUUUGAAGUGCCGUUCAACUCCACGAACAAGUGGGCUCUGGUCAUUGUCAAGAAACCCCAUGCGAACGGCGAGCUAAGCUCCUACAUCAAGGGCGCACCGGAACGUGUACUGGCGAAAUGCUCGACCUACCUCAAGGACGGCGAAUUGGUGCCCAUCACGGACGAAUUCCGCACGGCCUACGACGAAGCGUACAACUACAUGGCAUCGCGCGGACACCGAGUGAUCGCCUGCGCGCAGUCAUUGCUUGCCGGCUCCUCGUACCCCGCCGACCACACCUUCUCGCGGAAUGAGUUCCCGCAGACGGAUUACUGCUUUGUCGGGCUUGUUUCUCUCGAGGAUCCGCCGAAGCACGGUGUGCGCGAGGCCAUUGGCACGCUGCGUCUCGCGGGAAUCAAGGUGAUGAUGGUGACGGGCGACCACCCCAAGACGGCGGAGGCGAUCGCGCGGAAGAUCAACCUGAUGAUUGGCGACACGCGUGAGACGUUGGCUGCGAAGACGGGACGGCCGCUGGAGGAGAUCUACGACGACGAAGUCACGGCGAUUGUCAUCCACGGAGACGAUAUCGAUGACCUGCAGGGCUGGCAGUGGGAUCAGAUCUUCAGCAAGGAGGAAAUCGUGUUUGCUCGGACGUCGCCCAAGCACAAGCUGGAAAUUGUCAAACGCGCGCAGGCUCUCGGUCACAUUGUCGGGGUUACAGGUGAUGGAGUGAACGACUCGCCAGCCCUGAAGAGAGCCGACCUGGGUAUCGCAAUGAACAUUUCCGGAUCCGAUGUCUCCAAGGAAGCCGCGAACAUGAUUCUUCUAGACGACAACUUCGCGUCGACUGUUAAGGGUGUCGCUGAAGGGCGUCAAAUCUUCGUCAACUUGAAGCGGGCUAUCCAGUACACGAUCUCGCAUUCAACACCUGAGGUCAUUCCUCAGUUGCUUUACGUCGUCGUUCCGAUCCCUCUUCCUCUCUCUGCCAUUUUGAUUCUCGUGAUCGACUUGGGUUUCGAACUAUUCGUUGCACUGUCGUUCGCAUGGGACAAACCUGAAACCGUCGAUGGUCUGAUGCGCAUGACACCCCGAAAGCCAGUCAACGAGCGCUCGAUUCUGUCGCUCAAGCGCAAGGCACUGAGGAGAACGAAGACGCUCCGCCGCGAUCCCGAGACGCAGGAAGUCAUCCCACCCAGCAAGUUCUCCGUCUUGGCCGAGAAACUGCGCAAGCCGUUCACCCGAACGUACUGGGAAGAUGUGAUGGAGCCGUCUGAUGGCGAGACGUUGGUCGAUGGGAAGCUGCUGUCGUAUGCCUAUCUGGAGGCCGGGAUGAUCGAGAUGUUGGGCAGUCUCGUCGCCUACUUUGUGGUAUUCUUCAAGGCUGGGUUCUCUCCGAACGACUUGCGGAAAGCGCAGAAGGCCGGUUUGUACUUCACGAAAUCCAGUCCCGACUACAUCAACGGCCGCGGUCAAACACUAGAUGCCUCUGCGCAAGUGUCAGCUCUGGCCCAGGCGCAGUCGAUCGUAUAUCUGUCGGUGUUCAUCAUCCAGUGCUUCAACGUGUUCGCCGUCAAGGCCAAGUUCAAGUUCCCCUUCGGGCGCAACGCCGUGGGCAACAAGCUCAACUUUGCGGGCAUCCUCGCCGGCGCCAGUCUCGGCAUGUUCAUUAUCUACACGCCGCCGCUGCACGUCGUGUUCGGCGGCACGGACAAGCUCAGCCCGCUCUACUGGCUCAUUCCUAUUGCUUUCGGUGUCCUUCUACUCGUCUGGGCUAGUAUCCGAGUCGUCAUCAUGCGCAAGUCCGUCGAGGCUGCAAGGGUGAAGGACAUCAAGGGCCUCAUGAUGUUCCCGACGAUGAGAACGAUGAGCAUGCGCUCGAAGGACGGACGCAAAUGAUAGAGAGACGACAUCUAAUGAACUUAUACGAAUUACAUAAUGCUUGCUUUGCUGACGAUUGGGCUUGGGUUUGGGCAUGUGCGCAUGGGCCUUUUGCUGGAAUACAUGAAAUUGAAACGUUCAAUGUGUCGAGAAGUCAUCCGUAACUCCGAAGCU